UUCCUUCAUUUAGCAUUUAUUCAAUAAUAAAAAGCGUAUAUCUCAAGUGCAAAAUGAAGCUAAAAAAUACAAUUUUCGGUGGAUUUACGGUGGUAAUGUUUUAUAUGAUUAUUAAUACAGAAUGUUACAACCCGAAAACUGCUCUCGAAAUGAUCCAUCAGAAGCUUUGUGUUUGCCCGUGUGGAAAUAAACAAGGAGGAAAGCUUUAUACUGUGCCCAGUGUGCGUCUUAACUGGUUCGAUGCGAUGGCACACUGUAACUUAAUUGGGAUGUCUCUUGCUACGAUAAAGGAUGCAAAUGAGCGACGAUUGUUGCAGCUGUAUUUGCAGCAAAACAGAAUCGGAUUACGGUCAUCUAAAACAAAUCCGGUACCGUAUUGGAUUGGAGCUAAUAAUCUUGCUGCUGGCAGUGGUUUUCACUGGAGUCUAAGCAAUAAAGAAGCAAAAACAUCUGAAUGGAAUUCAGGAUCAGCUCCGCGCAAUGCUCGAAUGGAACGGGUCUGCGUUUACAUACUGGGUGACACUAUGCAAUGGGUUCCAGACCUUUGUGAUAAUGAACCGCGGCAAUUUAUUUGUGAAUAUUAACCAGCAUGAGAUCACCAUCAAAUUAGCAUGAGGUCGUUCUUG